UUGAGGCUGAGCGGGACAAUGAGGGGUGGGACAAAACUAUACACUUUGUAAAAAAAAAUGUAAUCUUGCCUUUUGAUCACGGUCAAAGACAUCAACAAAAGCCUCGCUUUUCAUAGAAGUUGCUUGAGAACUUCCCUCGGGUCGGAAGAAGUCUGGCACCGGGGUCGUUAUUAUCAUCGUAGAUCUUGACCGCGAUGACAUCAACUAUCGCUGCUCCUUCGAGUAGUUUUCACCUUUUUCACAACACCAGCUUCUAGUGGACAACUUUUUGACAGAUACGCCGUGGAAGUAUGUGAGCUCUAUUUGGCUCUCCACUUCAGCCUUUUCUUGAAGAAAAAGAAGUUAAAGGAUCGGAGACGUUGGUGUUUUAAACAGGCACCGGAGAGACACUUGAAGUGGACAUGGGAUACGUGCCGUGUUCACACGCAUCACGUUAAAAGGAGUGCUGAUAACAGAGAUGGCAGGCUCUGCUUGCUUAACAGCGGUACUCGUUGGACUGUUGCUGUUGGCCUCUGCUUGCCACGCAGAGUCAGAGGGUGAUGGUAAGCGGCUGUGUACGUGCGAGAAUGACAAAGGCACUUGUGUGAACGACACAUGCCGAGGGGACGUCUGCUUCUACAUGUGGGUGCACGGCCACGAGGAGAAAGGCUGCUUCUCGAAUCAUAACUACAGAGAGCAGUGCUUCACUUCCUUUGAACGCUUCCACGUCUACUGUUGCAGAGAGGACCUAUGCAACGCCUAUGCCACGCCACCUCCAAACAUAGAUGGAGAGACGACGACGAUGUCCCCACAGCAGCCUCGUCCAGAGCUGUGGAUCACUGUGGCUCUGCUCCUCUUGUUCAUGGUGGCCAGUUUAUGCGGCCUGCUGAUAUUCCUGCGCUUCCGACGUGCACAUUCCCGCCUCAAAAAUGUUGAUGACCAUGAUGUCACCAUGCUCAAGGUCCCCAAUGGAGACGACCCUACAUAUGGUGGUAUAUUUGAUGAGUUUUGUACAUCAGGCAGUGGAACCGGGCUGCCCUAUCUGGUCCAAAGGACUAUGGCCCGGCAGAUCUCUCUUGUGGAAUGUGUUGGUAAGGGCAGGUAUGGAGAGGUGUGGAGGGGAACUUGGAUGGGUGAGAGUGUAGCUGUCAAAAUCUUCUCCUCAAGGGACGAGCAAUCAUGGUUCAGAGAGACGGAGAUUUACAAUACUGUGCAGCUCAGGCACGACAACAUAUUGGGCUUCAUAGCGUCUGAUAUGACAUCCAAGAAUUCCAGCACCCAGCUGUGGCUCGUCACGCACUUUCACGAGCUGGGUUCGCUCUACGACUUCCUGCAGUACAGCAGUUUGGAGCCCGAGAGCUGCCUGAGGAUGUGUCUGUCUAUGGCCUGUGGCUUGGUCCACCUCCAUACCGAGAUCGUCAGCUCCCAGGGCAAACCGGCAAUCGCCCACCGAGAUUUGAAAAGCAGAAAUAUCCUGGUGAAGAGGAAUGGGCAGUGCUGCAUCGCUGACCUUGGUCUGGCUGUGAUUCACUCUCAGUCCAAUGACUAUCUGGAUGUGGGCCACAACCCUCGAGUUGGGACUAAACGCUACAUGGCGCCGGAGGUGCUGGAUGAGAGCAUACGUAUGGAUGUCUUUGAGUCCUACAAGCAAACAGACAUCUGGGCCCUGGGCUUGGUCUUCUGGGAAAUUUCACGCAGAACAAUUGUCAACGGGAUUGUGGAAGAGUAUCGUCCUCCCUUCUUUGACCUGGUGCCCUCCGAUCCCAGCUAUGAAGAGAUGAAGAAAGUAGUCUGUGUGGACCAGCAGAGACCCAGCUUGCACAACCGGCUUCACUCCCACCCAAUUAUGACGUCCAUAGUGAAGAUCAUGAAGGAGUGUUGGUUCCAGAACUCACCGGCCCGCCUCACAGCACUGCGGGUGAAGAAGACCCUCUCCAAACUUGACCAUGACAGUGACUUCAGGAUCAAAAAACUCAAACAGGACAUCUAGCUCACAACGGCAACAAUUGGAAGCGGACUAAAAAUAAAAAUUGCUUGAAGGGAUUUAUCUUUCCACAUUCCUUGUCAUGGGUGAAUAUCAGUACUUUAUUAGUUAUCGUCUCUAACAUUUAGUGCAUUUUCACAAAACAAUAUAUUUUUCAGCAGUAGUGUCUAGACCAGUGGUUCUUAACCUGGGUUCGAUUGAACCCUAGGGGUUCGGUGAGUCGGGCUCAGGGGUUUGGCGGAGGUCAAAACACACCCGACUCAUCGUGUAAAUACAAACUUCUCCCUAUCGGCGUAUUACGGAUACGGCAACAGCAGAAGUCAGACUGAUUUGCAGGUGUGUAAUUUGUUGUGAGUUUAUGCACUGUGUUGGUUUUGUUUUUUGAACAAGGUGAUGUUCAUGCACGGUUCAUUUUGUGCACCAGUAAAAAAACAUGGUAACACUUUAGUAUGGGGAACAUAUUGUAUUGUUUACUUUCUUGAGACCUGAGAAAAAUGCCUACCUCUUUAGGACCACCCUUUCUAGAUAUAUAAAGAUUUGUAUUUACAACAUUAAUAAUAUAUACAAACUAAGUAAAUAUAAAAAAGCUUGUUGUGAAAAAUUAGUUGGAAUUUCACAAGAAAAACUUUAAAUUUUAGCAGUAUUAUAAUAAAAGUCGUACUUUUACUCAACGCAAGUCAAAAUGUUACAAGGAAAACUGAACAUUUGUGCGAUAUUAUGAUAAAAGUUGGAAUUUUACUCUAUAACAGUCGCAAUUUUACAAGAAAAGCUCAACAUUUUGGCAAUUUUAUGAAGAGUCGUAAUUUUACUCGACAAAAGUCACAAUUUUAUAAGAAAACUUGAAAAAUGUUGGCAAUAUUAUAAUAAUAAUAAUUGGAAUUUCACUUGGCAAAAUUAUGACAAAGGUCAUAAUUAUACUCACAAAAUUUCACUAUUUUACAAGAACACCAAAAAAAUUGGCAAUAUUGUGAUAAAAGUCUGAAUUUUAUAUGACAAAUGUCGCCAUUUUACAUUAAAAAAUAACAAUUUUACAUGAAAAAGUAAUUAUUUUAGGAGGAAAAUAAUGCAAAACAGUAACAUAUUGGCUCUUAACUAGUCAUUAUUAAUUACUUAUUAAUGCCUUAUUCGGCAUGGCCUUAUUAUAACCCUAAUCCUCUAACCCUGGCCCUAACCAAAAAACUCUAAAUUAAGUCUUUGUUACUUAGAAUAUGUUCCCCAUACUAAAGUGUUACCAAAAACAUAUAACUUUGUCUUGAAUUAGAAAAAAAACAUUUUAUUUUUCACUAAAGAAGGGUUCGGUGAAUGUGCAUAUGAAACUGGUGGGGUUCGGUACCUCCAACAAGGUUAAGAACCACUGGCUGUUAAGCGCCAAAGACUAUUUUACUUUCCCCAGACCAAAAUCGCAAAAUAAAAGCUGAAAACAGACUCUAUGAAGAGAGACUUUCACUAUGAAUCAUAAUUAUUAUGCUCAUUAUAACGCAAUAUGUCUUUUCUCUGAACACCUUUAGCUUUUGUUCAAUUACCGCAGUGUGAAUUAGACACGCACACAUUUUGUAUAUAUCCUACACAGUAUUUUUCUGUCCCAAAAUUUCAAUCUGUUUUGAUUUGUACAUAAAAAGGGACAUGCAAUAUUAAAUAUGUUAAAUAUACCUGUACUUUUCAAAUGCUUGGCAUUUGAACGCUGACUUGUACCAUUGUACUUUAUGCAAUACUAUUUUUGACCACCAGAGGCCACCAGACAUUAGGGAUUAAGAAUUUUAAGGCUAACGUUGGCAGAUCAGUAUUUUACAAACCACUGAAGUGAGACGCCAAUAAAUCGGGUUAGCCCAGGCCGGCAUUAAUACAAACAAGUCCUAACUAAAAUGCCAGACAAAUGAAGAAAAAAAAGUUAAUGUCUGACUUAUGUAUCGGGGUUAAGGGGAUUUGAGUUCUAGAGCACAGCUAAAUUAGCCGGUAUUCAUUUAUUGAUGAACAUUUAAUUAAUUAUAAUUAAAUAAUACAAUUUAUCUUACAUUUUUCUUCGAAAUACAUAUUUCCACAGUGUUGAUUUAGGUAUAAUUUAGUUUAUUUAUCUUUUUUAUCGUAGUUUUCUUUUUUCUUUUUUUUUACUUUAUUAGUGUUCGCCACACAGACCCUGUGGUGUCAACUUUAGAGUCUAGGAGAUCGAAUCUUCAUUCGAGCAAUUAUGUGUGGAAUUUUCAUGUUCUCCACGUGCAUGCAUGGUGAUUGUCCAGGUACACUCUGGCUUCCUCCCACAUUACAAACAUGUGCAUGUUUGGCCACUUGGAGAAUCUAAAUCAGGGGUGUCAAACUUAUUUGAGAUGUGGGGCCACAUGGAGAAAAAUGUACUCCCAAGUGGGCCGGACUGGUAAAAUCACGGCACGAUAACUUAAAAAUAAAGACAACUCCAGAUUGUUUUCUUUGUUUAAAAAUAGAACAAGCACAUUCUGAAAAUGUACAAAUCAUAAUGUUGUUGUUGUUGUUUUUUACAUUUACAUGUUGUGGUUAAUAGUAUUCUAUCUUUAUUUGUCGUUAUUUAUACUUUCUGAAUAAAUUAUGUGAUAAUGUUCAUCAGUCAACUCAUUGGUGUUAAUUUUCAAUCCAUCAAGAUAAAAAAAAUAUCAAAAUCAAAUUCCUCGACAUCAUGUGGUUUUUUUUGGUUUUUUAUAUAUGUAGCAUCUACAAAGAUACAAAUAAUUGCUAUUGCGACACCUAGCGGACACAUUCAGAACAGCAGUUAUUUUAUUCAUAUAUUUCGCCUCAUUUUUAUACUUAGCAAACCUUGUUCAGCCCGUGGGCCGUACGUUUGACACCCCUGAUCUAAAUCAUCCAUAUAUGUUAAUGAUUGCUUGUCUUUUGAGCAGGGACGCGAGGUCAGGGUAGGCAGGUGAGGCAGCGCCUCGCUUGUCAUGAUGAAAAUAAAAAAUAUGUAUAUAAUCAACCGUAAAAUAAAUGUUAAUAUUUGUCCAGUAAACUGUUUAUUUUGUAUGAUUACAAUUGUGUUUUAACAUUUAUUAAAGUAAAAAAAAUACCUACAUUUGCAUUCACACUUAACAUAAGGCGUCCGUGUGUUUGUUCCGCUUCUUGUUUUUGCGUGUGCUUAUGUGGAAAGCAAAAGAGGCGCAGAGCGUGGCUUUAUGGCUGGUCUGAUUGUCACAAUGUCGCCAAAAUAAUGUUUUGCAGAGACAUUUUUACACCACAAAUUUGUAGUUUAUUAGUCUUGAUAAAUUGACCGUAAAUAGAGAAAAGAGACACAUAAUUAUUGAUAGUGAUGUGCGAUACCACGUUUCUUUCCGAACCGAUACCUAGUAAAAUUUAAGCUGGCAUUGGUGAUAUCGAUACUGUGUGCAAACAACCUAAUCUGUCUGCUAAAAUGUUAAAAGUUGUGUAUUUCAAAAAAUACCAUGUCUCAUAACAUAAGGAAUACAAGACAGGGUUAUUUAUUCAUUGAUAUUGAGGUAGUGACGUAAAUAACCAUACAGUCAAUCUACCGUAAGGAAACAGAAAAAAUAACAGGACAAAAUUAUACAAAGUGCACGAAAAUGGUGUUUCAAACCAUAAAAAAGGAAAUUGAUACAAUAAUAAAUGUUAUGAUCGAUUGUUUUGUUCUGUUAGUUUGACUACCUCAGUUCUGUUUUCAGCAACCCUGGCUUUGUGUUUUAGUUGCCAUGACUGCUGAUUAGUUUCACCUGCCUCUGAUUAGUGUUCAGGGCGCUCACCUGCUCCAGGGCACUAAUCAGAGAGUUACUUAUUCCUGUUUUUCGCCACAAUCAGUCUGGCCUCCUUGUUUGCACUACGCAACAGUGACGACGUCUUCUAUUUGCUCCCAUGCAACCCGUUACGUUAAGUAUUUCUACAAUCUUUGAUUCCUGUUCCUGUGCUAAGCUUCGCCAUAGCUCCCACGCUAUCGGCACGCUUUUAUGUCUUUUUGUAUUUUUGCAUGAUUUCAUGGACAAUAAAUCAAUGUCUCACCUGCA